AAUGCAAGAUGUAGACGUGGGCUAACUUGACACACACGUACAUCCCCAACCACAGUCAAAAGCCACGUGUUAUCAUUGUGAAGUGACUGAAGACACUCAGGCACUUCCAAGCAGCCCGGUAAUUGCCUUGAGGAAGAAAGGCACUCGCCCCAGCCAUGGCAACGCUGCAGAUGUGGAUAUGGGCUAUUGCGGUGGCCAUGAUGGGCGUGCGGGCAAGCGCGGGCGUGGAGGUGCGUGUGAGCGGGGGCGUCGUCAAGGGAGCGAUCCUGAAGAGCAGAGAUGGGCGGGAUUACCACGCCUUCAAAGCAAUACCGUAUGCUCAGCCGCCCGUUGGAGAUAAGAGGUUUAUGCCCACAGUGCCAGGGAUGGAGUGGGAAGGAGUGCUGGAUGCCACGAAGGACGGCGAACCCUGUGCCCAGGCCGCCCUCGGGAUUGUCGCGGGCGUAGAGGACUGUCUCAACCUCUACGUUUAUACGCCCAAGAUGCCCGCCGAUGGCCAAAACGUCAGCAUGCCCGUGGUGGUAUGGUUGCACAGCGGCAGCUUCGUGGUCGGGGGCGCCGCGAACAUUGACCCUUCCUAUGUCAUGGACCGCGACCUCGUCCUGGUCGUGCCGCAGUACCGCCUUGGGUUCCUCGGGUUCUUCUCGUCAAGCUCCGGUCACAGCUCAGGCAACGCUGGCAUGCUGGACCAGGUCGAAGCCUUGCGAUGGGUCAGGGAUAACAUUAGGGCGUUCGGGGGAGACCCUGGCCAAGUGACCCUGGCCGGGGACUGUGGAGGAGGCGCGGCCGCUCUCUACCACAUGAUGUCUCCGUUAUCCGAGGGUUUGUUCCACCGAGUGAUGUCCUUGUCUGGCUCCCCGCUGAACCCCUGGGCUCUCCUGACGCGCCACCACAGGUUCCUCCUCAUUCUGGCCAACUACGUCAAGUGCCCGGCCUACGACCCGGCGCUGCUCGUCCAGUGCUUCCAGGAAGUCGAAAAGGAGGAGCUGCUGGAGGGCGUGCAAAUGCUGCUGGAGGCCCGCGACCCAGUUGUUGGCAACCAAAGGCUGAGUCCCGUCGUGCAGCAGCCCGCCCACGCCCACGAGACAACCCUGUUCCUCUCCCAGCACCCCCUCAAGGCACUCACGGAGGGAGACUUCCACAAAGUGCCAGUCCUCCUGGGGGUCACAAGGGAUGUCGGCGGCUACCUCGUCGACAUGUUGUUGUAUGACUUCAUCCAAUACAAGUUGGAGGACGAGCCGGACUUCCUGGAGAGACUGCUCAUAAUGCUCCUCAGGGAAAGCGAUAUCCGUGACGCAGCGGACCGCGAGGAGGAGUUCUCCGAAUUCUACUUCCCAGGAAACCCAUUCACGGAACUCAACUCACUGUUGCCAGGUCUCGCCCAGAUGCUCGGAGAUAUUCAGUACAGAGCAGGAGUCUUGUCAGCGGCCACACUGCUCUCCCAGCACGUGCCCACCCGCGUCCUCAGAUUUGAAUACGAGGGCGGGCCAAAGCUAUUCUCACUGCGCUACCCUGACCCUGCGGAAGCGCCGCCUAUGCCGCCGGCGGUGGGUCAUGGGGACGAGACGACGCUCCUCCUCCCCGACCAGAAAUUUGACCUCACGCCCGAGCAGCGGGAGGUCAGCAAUGCCAUGGUCGACAUGCUGAGCAACUUCGCUUAUGGCAGAGUACCCAUGGAGGACUGGCCACUGUUUACAAGCGACGGGCUGGAGACACUGGUGUGGGGGCCAGAGGGCAGCUCCAUCGCCUCCGCGCCCUUCGCCCCCGAGGACCGCGUCGCCAUGCUGCGCCGCAUCCACUCCUACCUGCACCAGAAGACCUUGGAGGAACUGAAUCGAGAACCAGAAAGCGCUCACGACGAAUUGUGAUUUGUACUUUGUGGAGAAAAUGGAGAUGCUGCAGCGACUCAUUGCUUGGGGGAGUUAAACAUCUAUUCUUUUCUUUCAUUCUUUCAUAUUCCUUGAUUUUCUUUUGAACAUCUGAUAUUUGAGACAUGGAAAUAUUAUACAUUUUCGGAAUGUCGUUUUACAAUAACUGACAAACUGUCCUCAGCAGCUUUUUGAUUUCUAAUAUUUCGUAAAUAAACGUUAUGAGUUAAAUAA